CCUAACAUCCGAAAUCACAGCCAGAAAUACCUCGCAAUUAUCCAUAUACUUGAUUACCACAGACCACCGACGUGACGUUUCGCGUCCAACGGCCGUGACGUCAGCCCGUUGCCCCCGUCCUUCGCGAUGAGAGGAAAUGAAUAAAAAUUUACAAAAACGCGCGCGUUUAAUGAUCGAAUAUUACUAUAAUUAUUUAUUUUGCCGAGUGUUCCCCACACAACGUUUGACCCAAAUUCAAGCCAUUAUCAACGAUUGCGUUAUUAUUCUUUUUGUGUACUGAUCUCGUUGAAAAUCGACUAUCGGCGGCUAUUUCUAACGCGCGGCACCCGCGGGCGUAACAGUUGGGCGCGAUGUUUUGUGACAAAAGAUUCGGCAACGUCGCCCUCUUGGGGACCGGCUCGAUGCUCGUGUUUACCGCCUUCCAGACGUGGGGCAACGUCCAGAAAACGAUGCUCGAGAGUAUAAAAAAAGACGAGCCGUCUUUCGACGGCGAGGCCUACUACAGCCUCGCGAUCAUCUACGCGUUCCUGGCCGUUUUUAACUGGACCUCGCCGUCCGUUAUCAGCAUGAUCGGUCCCAAAUUCGCAAUGCUCUGCGGCGCUGUGACCUAUUUAUUGUUCAUCAUGUCGUUCGCGAUCCCGCACACCUGGCUGCUCUACCUUGCCAGCGUGGUGAUCGGGAUCGGGGCGGCCAUGAUUUGGACCGGCCAAGGAAAUUAUCUGGCAUUGAAUUCGACCGAGGCAACGAUCUCGCGGAACUCUGGUUUAUUUUGGGCCAUGCUGCAACUCAGCAUGUUCGUGGGUAACAUUUUCGUGUACUUCGCGUUCCGCGGCAAGGACCACAUCGAUGGGACGACGAGGCAAGUCGUCAUUUGGACGCUGUCCGCCAUUGCGUUGAGCGGCAUCGUCGUCAUGGUGUUUUUCCCAAAACCGCCACCGAAGAACGUCGCUGACGAGGUGGUCGAAGAGAGGGUCGCGGGGCCCCUCGAAGCGCUUAACCGAGCUCUCAAAUUGUUCGUAACGAGGGACAUGCUGCUGCUCAACGUCACCUUCUUUUACACAGGGUUAGAACUCGGCUUCUGGAGCGGAGUGUAUGGUUCCUGCAUCAGUUUCACCGAGGACCUGCCUAACCGCAAAGAAUUGGUCGGCAUCUCGGGCAUUUUCAUCGGUCUCGGAGAAGUGCUCGGUGGGGCCGCUUUCGGCAUCCUGGGCGCGAAAACCAGGAAAUGGGGUCGCGAUCCGAUCGUUAUCGGCGGAUUUAUCCUCCACUUGGCCAGUUUCUUCGUCAUCUUCCUCAACAUCCCGAACGACGCCCCCUUCACCGACACCUCCUCCAAGGCAUUCAUCACGAGCAACGCGAUACUCGCCAUCAUGUGCUCGUUCCUGCUCGGUCUGGGCGACGCGUGUUACAACACCCAGAUCUACUCGAUCCUAGGGGGCGUUUACGCGGACAACAGCGCAUCGGCGUUCGCCAUCUUUAAAUUCACGCAGUCGGUUGCGGCCGCCGCGAGCUUCUUCUAUGCUUCGGAGCUCGUCCUCUACGGCCAGAUCGGGAUCCUGGUGAUUUUCGCGGUGCUCGGCACGGCGAGCUUCGUCUGGGUUGAGUGGCGCGCUAAACGUGAGGUGGUGGACGCCGCGUCGACGCCGUCGGUGUCGGAAUGCUCGAGCCACGACAACCAGGGGUACGACAAGUCGUGAAACCGCCCCAGCAUUAAGUAUUACUAAAGGGGCGGCGGUUUUUGCGACCCCAGGUGCGUUAGGGCCCACCCCCGUAAAGGUGGGGCGCUUCGUCGAACAGUGACGUGUACAUGUGUUAUAUUUUAUAGUUUUGUUACGAAGGUUGAUAUUUAUUUUGCUACAAAAAUCGAAAUAAAUGCGUUUCGACAGACUAGAAGUUUUGUUUUUUUUUUUAGUCACGACUCCUUUGCUACUAUAAAC